UGGCAAUGCCGUUAAAACAGAUGUUUCAUUAACGAAAAAAAUUAUUUGUAUGUUUUUUAGUUUGAUUGAAUGAAGAAAAAAUUACUUUCUACUUUGAAACGAUAACUUAUUUAUUUAAGUGAUGCAAAGCAGUUUCAGUACAAUUUCAAGGUUUUGUCGAUCAUAUUUAAGGCGUAAACAAAAUUUACAAAGGUCGUUCAGCAUAAACAUCAUACACCGCAUGUCGCUCGUGAAUCAAACAGCUCCAGAGUCAUCACUCCAGACAACAACAUUACAACAAAAUUUGAAGGUGCUUGGUGUGCCAUCCAAAAUGCGUAGCGAUCCAGCUUUCAAGAAAAUAGAUUCGCCUGAAUACCAAAGCAUCUUUACAGAUGAGCUCCAAACGCUGAUUGAUAUCUUUAAACGAUAUAAUUAUGAGCUACGUAUAGCUGGGGGUGCUGUCCGUGAUAUUGUAAUGGGUAUUAAACCGAAAGAUAUCGAUUUAGCCACUACAGCUACACCGGAUCAAAUGAAAGAAAUGUUUAAUAAAGAAGAAGUACGUUUGAUAAAUGCGAAAGGCGAGAAACAUGGUACGAUAACACCUCGAAUACACAAUAAAGAAAAUUUUGAGGUGACCACAUUGCGUAUCGAUGUGCGCACUGACGGUCGGCAUGCAGAAGUACAAUUUACAACUGAUUGGCAAUUGGAUGCAAAUAGGCGUGAUCUUACAAUAAACUCAAUGUUUCUCGGCUUUGAUGGCACACUCUAUGACUACUUUUAUGGUUACGAAGAUUUAAUGCAACGACGAGUUGUGUUUGUUGGAGAUGCCGAUGUACGUAUUAAAGAAGACUUUUUGCGUAUUUUACGGUACUUCCGUUUUUAUGGCCGCAUUGCUAGAGAACCUUCCAAGCAUGACGUGGAAACCUUGAGAGCAAUACGAGAUAAUGCAGAAGGAUUAGCUCGAAUCAGCGGUGAACGCAUUUGGUCUGAACUUCAAAAAAUAGUCAUAGGGAAUUUCGGUUGCGAAUUAGUACAAGAAAUGAUAUCUUGUGGUUUAGGUCCACACUGUGGGCUACCAGCGGAUCCUAAUAUUGAUGAGUUUAAAAGAUUAACCGCCGAUUUGGUAAACUAUCCAAAACCACACACGCCAAUAUUAUUUCUGAUUGCAUUGCUUCACACGCACGAAGAUGCUAUGCACUUACACCAACGUCUCAAAUUAUCUGCUUAUGAACGCGAUUUAGCGCUCUUCGUCACACAGAAUAGAAAAAAGGUGGGAGCGGAAUUUUACAAAUUGCGGGAUUAUCAACGGCUUUGCUUGCAGCCUUACGCAAGACGUGAAUUUGUCGAGGAACUUUUGAAAUAUUCAAACGAACUAGAACUUUAUAAUGAAUUAAAAGCAUGGCAAACACCCCGUUUUCCAUUGACUGGUAGCAUUUUGAAACAACAUGGCUUAAAUGCAGACAAACGUAUGGGUAUGAUCAUGACGGCGCUCCGUUCCAUUUGGAUCGAUAGCGAUUUUUCAAUAAGUGGCGAUGAGCUUUUGAAAAAUCAUCUGCCGCAAGUGAUAGAAAGUCUAAAGUCACCGCCCAGUACUCCAAACAAAAAACGCAAAUCAGAAUGAUAAUGCUAUUAUAGUUCGAAAUAUAUUUUGGUAACUUUUAUUCGCAUUAUAUCUUAAAUUAUUGAAAUAUUUGUACCAUUUUUAUUCUAUAAAUAUAAUUAUAUAUACAUGCUGAA